GUAAAUUUGAGUGGCUAGACCUCCAUCGAUUAGAUAGUACCGAACACCUGGAACCGUACCGAAAGAACAAGAAUCGAGCGCGAAGAAAUCAAAUAUUGAAUUUGUUGGGAAAGGUCAGUUGGAACGCGCUUCAUAUGAGCUGUGAUCAAGAUAGUCGUGUACAUCAGGGUUCUGAAAAGGGGGAAAAGAGAGAGAGAAAAAGGCAGCAGCGUGGCAAGUGUAUAGAUAUAACCAAAGCACUACCUAACCCGUCAUUUUUAGGAAGUCAAUACAGUGUAAAUUAUGGGAGUAUAAGAAUACAACCCACAAAUGAAAUAGUACGGCGAAGAAAAAGGAAGAGUUGUCGAGUGGAUGGAAGAGAAGUUGAAGUAAGAAGCUGGAUUUAUGUACGUUGAAAUCGAAAUUUCAGUUAGAAGAGUAGAGUUUGUAAAAGGAAAAAUUGAUGAAUAAAAGUUACCACUGUCUAA